GUUGACGAAGCCCCGGCGUCCGUCGUUGAGCGCAGCGAUCGCAAGAGGUCCGUCUCCCAUCAUGCUCGACCUCCGCGCUGCUUCACGCUCUGAUCCUGCCUCGCUUUCUGCUCUUUUUCUCUGACGCACGCGCACCCGUCCGUCUACUUUCACAGUCUCGUCAUCGUCGCCUGCUUCGUUUUCGCUUUGCGCAUCUGCCCCUGCGCGUAGCGUGCUAUUGCUACUUCUGUGGAGAUGUCGACAUGGAAUGCGUCUGGGGGCGCGCCGCCGUACCCACCGCCGCCGCGCCGCUCGCGCUCGCGCUCACCUAGCUCGUACCGCGGCGGUGCGGGUUACCCCCCGCCCUACGGCGACUACCGCGCCGACUGGGACGCGUACGAGCGUGACCGGGCGUGGGCGAGCUACGAGCGUGAACGUGCCGCGUACGACUAUGGGCGACGCGGCCGGAGCCGGAGCCCGUCGAUGGACGAAGCUGGGAGGAAACGAAGGCGUUCGCAGUCUCCGUACGAUACUCGGUACGACCCGCGGCCGCGCUACGACGAAUAUGAUCGAUCCGGUCGCUACUCGCCUCACCGCGGUGGGCCAUAUCCCCCAUACGGCUCGUCACGUCAUGCUCCGCCCGACCCACACACGUUCGACUACCCGUCGUCGCUGAAGCAGUACGCGGAGUGGUUCCGGUACCAUUAUCCCACGCAGGCGACGGAAGAGGACAACCUGGACAAAGCGGCAGAGCAGGAGGCCGGCGACGGCAGCAAGCCACGCAACGGGAUCCGCGCCCGGUGGGAGAAGUACAAAAAGGAGUUUGCUGCCACGCAGUUGCAACGCAUGUUUGACCACCACCGAAAGUCGCCUUGGUUUGCGGAGAAGUACGACCCGGCGCCGGAGUACGCGAAUAUGCGCAUGCGCGUGCGCAAGGUUGGGUGGAAGGGCCGCAUGACGGCUUUUCUCGCUGACCUCGACGCGGGCAAGUUCGACCCCGCCUUUACCGAGCCCGAGCCCGAGCCGGCUACGUCGCCCGUAAAAGAGACUCCGACGCCGGCGCCCGCUCCCGCCGAAAGCACGGCGAACGGGAACGGGAGCGCCGCGGUGAAAACUGAGGACGAGGCGGCUGCCCCGGGCGGCGAGGAGGUCAAGAACGAGCAGGAGGACGUGCAGCUCGAGGACGCCGCGGGGGAGGACGAUCCGAGCAAGGCGGAGGCGAAUGGCAAAGGGCCGGUCGAUAAGCGCAUCCUAAACCGCGGCGAGGAGGUGACGGCUGUGACGGAGGGGAACCAGGUCAUGAUCCGGACCAUUCCGCCCGACAUCGGACGAGCGAAGCUCGAAGAUGCGAUUGCCAGCAUGCCGGGCUUUGUGUACCUGGCGCUCGGCGACCCGUUGCAGAAGAGAAACUACUAUCGCGCUGGGUGGCUCAAGUUCCGCGAGGAUGCGGAUAUGCCCUCGAUCAUGUCCGAGCUGAGCGAGAAAAAGAUCGAGGGCUUCAAGCUACACGUGACGCACAACACCAAGCCGUUCGUGAACCGGGUGAGGUACGCGCCCGAGGUCGCGAGCCGGCCCGAUCGUUUGCAGAAGGACCUUGCGAACGUGAAGGCGCUCGCGGCCGUGCUGGAGGACGAGUACACGAAGUUGCGCACGUUCAAACCUGAGAAACCCAAGAAGCCGACGGAGGGUACCGAAGGCGAAGGCGAGAACGCGGGUGGCGAGGGAGAGGGUGUGAAGAAGGAGGAGCAGAAGGAGGAGACGAUGGACGUGGAUGAGGAGGAAGACCCGGAGCCGAGGGAGCGGGGGAGCGAGGCGGUGGAGAGGAAGGUGGGGCAGUUGAUGGACGGUUUCGUGCAGGCGGGGUUGAUCGAUCCGGCGGACGAGAAGGCGUUCCAGGCUAAGAAAACUGUAGUAACGCUGGAUCUGUACCUCGCGUAUCUCCGUGCCGCGUUCCAUACAUGCUACUAUUGCGCGGUCGUGACGGACCACGUUGAGGAGCUGCAGCGGAAGUGCAUCAAGCAUGAGAGGAAGCCGUUGAGCAAGAGCUUGAGGGAGGAGUAUGAGCGCGAGGUAGCGAAUCGCGAGAAGGCGGAGGCGGAGGCGAGGGAGAAGGUGGAAGAGAAGGAGGGUGAGGGUGAAGGUGGUGGAGCGGAAGGCGUAGAAGGCGGUGAAGGGGGUGAUGGCGAGAAGAAGGAGAAGGAGGAGGGAAAGGAGAGGAAGAGGAGGGAAAGGGGGGAGAAUCGGGAUUGGAAGCGGAACGAUGAGAGGUGGCUGGAAUGGCUUGACAGCAAGGCUGCUCUAUUAAUCAACAGAGACGGCGUGGACCCGAGGGACUACGGCGGGAAAAGCUACGAUGAGGAGCUGUCAAAGGCCGUCGAGCCUUACAUCAAGCAGGAGGACGAGAGCAAGUUCCGCUGCAAAACGUGCCAGAAGCUGUUCAAGGCGACUUCGUUCGUGGAAAAACACAUCUCGAACAAGCACCCGGAGUUGAUCAAGCAUCUCGACGAGAUUCCUUAUUUCAACAACUUUGCGCUCGAUCCGCACCACAUCCAGCCGUUCACGCACCCGCCCGCGCCGGUCGGAAACAGCGCGCCACCCCCUCCGCAGGCGUACGGCCUGGCUGGGCCCGCCUACCCCGCGGGUGAUUACGGCCGAGGCGGGUUCUACGGCGGCGCGCCGUAUGCGCAAGGCUAUCCGCCCCCGGCGUAUGCCAACGGCGGCGGGGGCUAUUGGGACCCGUACGCUGCGCAGGCCGCUGCUGCCGCUUACCCGCCGUACGCGGGGCGGCGGUUGGGCGACCGGAUCGGCGGGUACGCGCCGCCGGGGUAUGAUGCGCCCGGAGACGGGCUUCCCCCCGCUGCGCCGGGAUUGCCGCCGAAGCCGUCGCAGGCGAUCCUCGAGCCGGGGCCGGGGGGAGGGGGCAGGAGAAGGAACACGGGCCCGCCGCCGCCCCCGCCGCCCGACGCGAAGGAGGAUCCGAGGGCGGCGGCGGGUCGGAAGGUCAGCUACCACGAUAUGGACCUCGUCGCGGAGGGCGAUGUGGAGCUGCAAUAUUGAGCGCGGUUUCGGUGCUUGCUGCCUUCGGUGCCGUGGUUUGGGCGUUUUUUUCUUUUGUAUGUACAUACGAUUUCCUGAACGCGCUUUGCGGUUG